AUGUUUAAAGUUCACAAGGCUUCUGUUCGCGGUGUUGAGGGCCACACCCUCCGGGAGACUGACAAGCGCGACCGCUUCUGGUGGCAUUAUCCUGGUCUCCGCAGUCUUAAUUUCCUUCUACUCGGCUGCAUUGUCUGUGAUAUGACCAAUGGAUACGAUGGUUCUAUGCUUAAUGGUCUCCAAUCACUCCCGUCAUGGCAAGAGGCCUUAGGUCACCCAACAGGUACUCGUCUCGGCACAAUUUCAAAUGGCACUAGAUAUGGACAACUUGCCGCUCUGCUUGUCGCUGCCCCCCUAAUCCAAUGGCUUGGGCCACGGCGUCCCAUUACAAUCGGCUCUCUUCUUCUGCUUAUCGGAGUUGCCCUUCAGGCCAGCGCCCAGAACUACGCCAUGUUUGUGUUCUCAAGAAUCCUAAUCGGCUUCGGAAAUACGAUCCAGAACACGGCAUGUCCUAUCUUGGCGUCGGAGCUUGCCCACCCAUUUCAGAGGACACAGGUUAUUGGUAUCCAGAAUACAACCGGCUCUCUAGGCCAAAUUAUGGCUGCGUGGAUCACGUAUGGUACUUCAUUCAUUGUUGGAUCAUGGUCAUGGCGUCUUCCUUCACUGCUUCAGGCAACCUCGUCCUGUUUCCAGUUGAUCAUGUCUUUCUUCAUGCCCGAGUCGCCCAGAUGGCUUGUCUACCAAAACCGCAGCAAGGAGGCAUACGAGAUUUUAGCCAAGUAUCAUGCUGAAGGCGACGAGUCAUCCCAGCUAUUGCAAUAUGAGAUGGCAGAAAUCGAAGCGGCGAUUGAAGCAGAGAAGUUGCAAGCAUUGUCAUCAUGGAUGGGAUGGUUCAGAACAGCCGCUAACCGAUAUCGGCUCUUUAUCAUUGUUACCUCCGGUUUCAUCAUCCAGUGGUGUGGCAAUGCUUUGCUGUCAUACUAUAUUCACCUUGUCUUCAACUCCAUUGGCAUAACCAACAGCAAGCAGCAGCUUCUUCUCAAUGGUGGCAUCACUAUCAACGGCUGGGUUUGGGGUAACCUGUUUUCGCUCUUCAUCGACAAGAUAGGCCGCCGCCCUAUGUGGCUGAUUGGUAUGAGUGGAAUGUUUGUCGCAUUUUUGUUACUUACCGUUUUCACGGGAGUCAACACAGGCAUCGAUUACGAAAACCAUGCUCUCGGCCGUGCCACCAUAUUCACUAUUUUUCUCUUUGGCGUCUUUUAUAAGAUGCCUGGCUGUAUGCUCAACUCGUACGUUGCUGAAGUGGCGCCGUUUGACCUGCGUGCCAAAGCGUUUGUCAUUUCCAGCUUUGGAGACGCAGCAGCCAACAUCUUUUCUGGGUAUACGAAUCCAAUUGGACUCGCAGCGAUAGGAUGGAAGUACUACAUUGUUUGGUGUUGUGUGCUUGUCAGUAACUUUUGCAUCAUAUACUUCUUUUACCCUGAGACGAAGAAUCUCUCUCUGGAGGAAGUUGCGCAACUCUUUGAUGGCCCUAGCUCUGUCGAGGCUAAACUUCACGAAGGCACGGAGGAAGUUGAAGAGAAAAGAGGCGAGAUUAACGAGGCUACGACGGCGGUUCAUAUUGGAUGA